AUGGAUCUUCUAGGUAUAGUACAAUCCUGGAUUGUUCGGAUACAAAAUGCUCCCUUGGGUUAUGGGACCACAGCUGCCGGGCUUGCAAUUCUGUGCUUUCUUCUAUACAAGCUCACAACUCGAACCGACAUCCCCUACAUCCGCAAUCUGCCCGAAAUACCCGGAGCUCUUCCCAUCACUGGCCAUCUCCUCCAACUAGGCGACGACCAUGCCACUGUGUGCGAGAAAUGGUGGCGCAAAUACGGCCACUCAGUCUUUCAAAUCCGGCUCGGAAACACUCGCGCAGUGGUCGUCAACUCCUUUGCGGACUGCAAGAAGAUGCUCGUCUCCAAUUCCCAAGCCCUGAUCGACCGGCCUACUUUGUACACGUUUCAUGGCGUCAUUUCCUCUACCAAGGGUUUCACGAUUGGUAGCUCGCCGUGGGACGAAAGCUGCCGCAACAAGAGGAAGGCUGCGAGUACGACACUAAGCCGUGCAAUGAUGAAGAAUUACUAUCCCAUGUUCGACCUCGAAUCGUACUGCAUCCUCCGAGAUCUCCAGCGAGACAGCAAAGGAGGUGAGCUUGAAGUUAGCGUUCGACCGUAUAUCCAACGUUACGCACUCAACACCACAUUGACCCUCUGUUACGGCAUUCGCAUGGACGAAGUGUACGACACACUCCUCCGAGAGAUCCUCUACGUUGGCUCAGCAAUCUCGCUUCUUCGCUCUGCGUCCGAGAACUAUCAGGAUUACGUCCCUAUUCUGCGAUAUCUGCCGAACAACGAAAAGACCGCAAGGUCAAAAGAGCUCAGGGAGCGGCGGGACAAGUAUCUCGACCUUCUUCUCAAUAAAGUCCGCGAGAUGAUCAAGAAAGGGACCGACAAACCCUGCAUAAGCGCUGCUAUUCUCAAAGACGAAGAGACGCGUCUCACCGGCGUAGAAGUCGGCUCUAUCUGUCUCUCCCUCGUCUCUGGAGGCUUCGAAACGAUCCCCGGAACGCUGGUCUCUUGCAUCGGUUCGCUCUCCACGCCAGCAGGUCAAAUCUUCCAAGACCGCGCAUAUGAGGAUAUCAAGCGGCAUCAUCCGGACUUGAAAGAAGCAUGGGCGGCAGACUUUGAGAAAGAGAACGUUCCAUAUCUGAAUGCGAUUGUGAAAGAAGCAGGACGCUACUAUACUGUCAGCAGUAUGAGUCUGCCCCGGAAGACGGUGACCGAUGUGCGUUGGGGCGAUGCGAUUAUCCCCGCGAAGACGAUGGUGUUGAUUAAUGCUCAAGCUGGGAAUCACGAUGUCGACCAUUUCGGUCCCGACGCCGGUAUAUUCAACCCCGAGCGCUGGCUCUCUACCACAGAAAAAGGAUACGAGGAGAAAUCUGUUUCUGGACCGGCGCACCUCUCCUUUGGUGCAGGGUCGCGCUCAUGCCCCGGCGCUAUCAUUGCGAGCAAACUGAUCUAUUCGGCGCUAUUUCGUUUGCUUUCGCUGUACAAGAUUGAAGCGAGCGAGAAAGAUCCGCCGAAUACGGAUUAUGUGGAUUAUAAUGCGAUUAAGAGUGCGCUAGUGGCUAUUCCGAGGGACUUCAAGAUUAGGUUGAUCCCGAGGGAUGGAAGUGGAGAGCUUGCGAAGAGCGUUUUGAAGACGGGAGAGGAAAGGACAAGGGAGUUUUACAAGGAGUGA